AUGCGCCCGGGAAGAUGGUGGACGCCAGAGCCGGAGCGGCUGCCAGCGGGGAGACGUGGGAAGAGGGUGGACGCCGGAGCCGGAGUGGCUACCGGCGGGGAGAGGUGGGCGGCCGCGCCGGAGCGGAGCCGAGGGCUAUGCGUCUUCGAGCAACGGCGUUUGGGAAAUAUGCCACGGGAAAUUGGAUCACUGAGCAAUCUGGAAUAUCUAGAUUUAUCAUCAAACAACCUAAUUGGACAUAUACCAGGAUCAAUUCAACAUUGCAUGAAGCUUCGCUUCCUAAAGUUGAGCCAUAAUUACCUUAGUGGUACUAUUCCUACCGAACUAGAGAUGUUGGUAUACCUACAAAAUUUGGAUCUCAGUGACAAUUCAAUUGAUGGUGCUAUUCCAAGUAUGUUAAGUGGCCUGAAUAUGCUUGAAGCUUUGAAUCUUUCUCACAAUGCACUGAACGGCAGCAUUCACCCAUCAUUUCAGAGCAUGGUCAGGCUCUUACCAAUGGAUUUGUCAUACAACAAAUUAGAAGGGUCAGUGCCACAUAAAGUCCACCGAGAUAUUACAAGUGGCAACAUUUUGCUUGACUUGGAAUUUAAGGCAUGCAUCUCGGAUUUCGGUAUAGCGAAAAUACAUGAUGUAGACGCAUCAAACUGCACGAUCUGGCCGGGACAAAAGGAUAUCUUUUUUUUGCGAGAAGGGACAAAAGGACAUCUUGCCCCAGAGCUUGCAUACACAACUAGGGUGACAGAGAAGUGCGAUGUUUAUAGCUUUGGCGUGCUCGUUCUAGAGCUGUUCAUGGGACAUCAUCCAGAGCCUGAUCCAUCACGUCGUCCGACGAUGCAGGAAAUAAUCAAGGUGCUCUCAACAGUUGAACGAUCACCUGCUAAUAAUCUUGAUUAUCUCCACACUGGCAUUGUCAUCCCCGCCUCCUGGUCCUGA